UUUCCUGCUCCUUCAAAAAUGAUGUUUAGAUUCUCUAAAACUACAAAGGAGACUUUUGAAAUAUCUUCAAUAAGACAAGGAGAAAUAAAGUCCAUGCCGUCGCCAACCACUUCAGUGGAACCAAAUGACAAGAAGGGGCUUUUGAGUGACUACGAAUGGACCAUUUCAAAAUCUGAUCAGGAACUUCGACAAGUGAACAAUGUUGAAUGCAUUGUCCAAGUAGCAAACUUCCCAGAUUCUGCAGCAUUGGCCGCAGACGUCUAUCAGUACAUUUCCCCCAAUACCACAAUGGUAGAAUUGAUGCCUGAAUUGAAUGGACAUUCCUACACUUGGAACCAAACCAAUGACCAUAGUGAAACAGUUGUAACAUCCAGCUAUCAGAUGCUAAACUUGAAGUUCCAGUGCGUUGCUGAAAAGGCUCACCCAAAACCCCACUUCACAUGGAUCUGGCAAUACAUGGGACCAAAUUCAAGUCCUCUCGAAAUGGGGUCAGUCAUUAAGUACGCGAAUGACUCAAGUGUUGUGGAAGUGAUGCAAAUGGGCAGAAACGGGAAGGACAGAAACACCGACUCGCGGUUGAAAACAUACAAGUCCGAACACAUUGUGCGUGUACAGCAGCUUCGUUCCAAUAGUAAUGAAAGAGUUGUCUUUAGGAUGGUUGUCAGUUGCAAGGCCAGCCACCACAAUGUUGGCGUAGUUGGAGGAACACAUUUGUUGCCUGCCAAACACACCAUCAUUUUUGAAGAAGGAGACUCAAGAAGAGGUGAGCAAGGUGUACUGCCAGCAAACUCUCGGAAUGAUCUUGGAACUGAGCUCAACAUCAUGCAACCUGGAAGAGUUAGCCCAAACAUUAUUGUGACAAGGGCACUGCCCGAGGUGCCAAGAAAGGACACCGCUUCAAAGACAAUGCCUCUAAAUAUUCCUGCUGUAAGGCAAGACCAAAGAAGUUCACCAAGACAAGCAAUAGUAGACGGAGACAAAUCACCUUCAACACCACUGAGAUUGGAUGAAUAUUAUUCCAGACCUGGUCGCAUGCUUCCAGCAGUGCCCAAACCAGGGAAACCAGGCCAACAUGUGGGUCCUCAAUCACACGAUGACCUGAUUUAUGCAAAACUCGAAUUCGGAAAUCUGAGAGCAGAACACUCCGCCAACGCUAGGAAACCGGAAGUUCCGCCCAAGAAAAAAAUCGUGAACAAAAUCAAAUUCGAUGAGAAAUCUGAUUACGCAGAAAUAAUUGGCUGCAUUGUAGACGCCCAUGACGAUCAGGACGAAGAUCAGCAGCAAAACUAGCCAGCAUUGCGUGAAGCAUUUUUCUGCAUAUGCAGAAAAGUUCGCUAUUGCCGAAAUUAAAAGCUUUGGUUCUUUUCGCAGUUGAAUUUGAUAGAUUUAAGAUUUGUCAGUGGCCUGAGAAAUUACCUUCAUGGUAGAGCAUCUUUAAGGUGCGAUUUAUUUGCUGUAGGAUUUUUUAUUUUAUUUUAUUUUUAGCCCAAAAGCAAUUGCAGACAUACCAGAUUUAAAGACGGAGAAACAAGAUCAAUUCAACACUCGG